AUGGAUUCAUGGAAGACAACUGCUAGAGGAAGACAGCUGCAAAAAUUAUUCAAGGAAGGUUUUAUUGAAUGUAUCAAUAAUAAUGAUACAACAUUUGCAAAGAAUGAUUAUGAAGAACAAUUAGACUGGAUAUUAGCAAGUCAACCACUUCUUUCAUUCAUAUCAAAUGUUGAAACUCAUCUAACACUGGAUGCAUUAAGUGGACACAAACCAUUAAACUUCGAUAUUCCAAUUGAAGUUGAAUCAAAAUCAACCUCUCCAAGAAUAUCUCUUAAUUUUAAAGCAGCACAAUGGUCAAAAUUUAGAAGCAAAUCAGAUCAACAACUGAUGUUAUGGCAUUAUGAUCAUCACUUAGAUUCAACACUAAAUAUAAAAGAACAUACCUCGUUUAUCAACAAUAGUAUAUUGGUAAAAACAUAA